UGUUUAACUGUAAAAGUUGGGUCUCUACUCGAAGUGCUUUUACUUGUGGACCAGUGCUGUCAAAAUUGUUGUUAUCAAGAAGGGAAUUUUGGCCGUUGGGUCAUCGCAGGGAUUAAUAAGUGGCAAUUGGAAUACUGUUGCUAUCCAAAUUUGGUCUUCUGGGUCUUUCUUGGAUUCAUCAUGGUAGUCACUUUCAUGGUAUAUUAGUCGUAAUUACCAUGGAAUUGGAAUCACCGUCAGUAAUUAAAGUUGUCUAUUUUUGCUUUUAUGACUUUCAGAUAUUUCUCAUGUUCUAACUAAACUAGGGUCCCUCUUUUCUUCAUCACUAUGGUCAGCAAUCCACAAGUGUACAAUUCUUGAUUUGGCGAAGGAAACCACCAUUUGCAUCCAUCAGCAUCUCUCUGCUUUUCAGUUUGUUUGGCUAUUUUUGGACUCCCUUUGUUUCUGUUCUCAUUGGGCUCAUUGGCCUGCUAUAUCUGGCUUCUGAUACUCAAAUUGGUGUAUUGUAUAUCUUGCUGAGGCAAUAAUUCAGAUCCCAAUUUCCGCAAAGCUCUAAUUGUUCAAGCUUUUUUGGGGAACUGUUGAGAACUUGUUCAGAUUCAGUUGUAUAAGCUCAAUAUCAAAAACUAACAAGGGUAGAUGACAAUAGAUGAGUCAAGUAGCUCCAUAUGGAGUAGAGAGCAGGAUAAAGCAUUUGAGAAUGCCUUGGCAACUUAUCCUGAGGAUUCUCCGGAUAGGUGGGAGAAAAUUGCGUCUGAUGUUCCUGGGAAAACCUUAAAAGAGGUUAAGCAUCACUACGACCUCUUACUAGAUGAUGUUAGCAGGAUCGAGUCUGGCUGUGUUCCUUUACCUUGUUAUAACUCUUCUUCGGACAGUUCUACAAGCCAUGGUGCUGAUGAAGGAAUAGGAAAGAAGAGUGGGAAUUCAAAUGGUGAAUCAAAUCAUGGAGGUAAGUCUACGAGGGCGGAUCAGGAGCGUCGCAAAGGCAUUGCAUGGACAGAGGAUGAACAUAGAUUGUUCCUUCUUGGUUUGGACAAAUACGGGAAAGGUGAUUGGCGAAGUAUUUCACGAAAUUUUGUUGUGACACGUACUCCUACACAAGUGGCCAGUCAUGCUCAAAAAUACUUCAUACGUUUAAAUUCUAUGAAUAGGGACAGGAGACGGUCAAGCAUACAUGACAUUACCAGUGUUAACACUGGAGAAGUUUCAGUGCCUCAAGGUCCGAUUACUGGCCAAUCAAAUGGUUCUGCUGCAGGAAGUUCUAGCAAACAGAGCAAACAACCAACACCUGCAUUAGCUGCUCCUCCUGGCGUUGGUAUAUAUGGAGCAACUAGCAUUGGACAACCAAUAGGAGGACCCUUUGUUUCUGCAGUUGGCACGCCAGUGAAUCUUCCACCAUCAACACAUAUGGCAUAUGGUGUCCGGCCUCCACUUCCUGGGGCAGUUGUUCCUGGUGCUCCAAUGAACAUGGGUCCAAUGACGUAUCCAAUGCCACAUACAAUGCAUAGGUAAUACAAGUGUUUAGUUAUGAAAUUGUACAAAGUAAGACGGUAGAGGCUUGUGCUUUCUCAGGCUUAAUGCAAUCUUCUCACUUAGCAGUAAUAAUAUUUUGUUAUGUCACAGAAAUUUGACUUUCAUUGUCAAUUUAUCUUAUAGAAGAACAAUAAAGCAUUAGGCAAGACUCCAUGCAUCUAUGUCUGUGAUUUAGGCUACCUAGAUAUAGGUUAGUGAUCUUUUUUCUUUUAGUUAUGUAGGCAUCUUCUCAUGAAGAGGUAACUGAAAGUAAGGUUGAGCUCUUUUAUGGGGAAACUUUUAGUGAACUGUUGAUAUGUCAUUGUUGGGAAGUCCCAUUUCAUGUUA